AUGGCAGGGGAUACACAGGAUGCUGUGGGAACACAGAACCCAAGGGCAGGUCUUUCCAACACAGAAAGGCCUAAAUGUCUAACCAGACCCCUGCAGGCCAAGAGUGAGCCAGAAAUGACAGACGUGAGCAGCAGGAAAACUGGGAGAGAGCAGGAGACCGAGAGAGCGGGACGAGCCGCUGGCAGGGAAAUUAUCUUCCUCCUGCACCUCAUCAAACUAGGAAUGGAAAACGAUGAUACUGCAGUUCAGUAUGCAAUUGGUCGGUCAGAUACAGUUGCCCCUGGCACAGGAAUUGACCUGGAGUUUGAUGCAGAUGUCCAGACUAUGUCCCCAGAGGCUUCAGAGUAUGAAACAUGCUACGUCACAUCCCAUAAAGGACCAUGUCGUGUAGCUACCUAUAGUAGAGAUGGGCAGUUAAUAGCUACUGGAUCUGCUGACGCUUCCAUAAAAAUACUUGACACAGAAAGAAUGUUGGCCAAAAGUGCCAUGCCAAUAGAGGAGGCCGAAAUGUUACGCUCCAUCUCUUUUCAUCCUUCUGGAGACUUUAUACUUGUUGGAACUCAGCAUCCUACUCUUCGACUUUAUGAUAUCAACACAUUUCAGUGCUUUGUCUCUUGCAAUCCUCAAGAUCAACACACUGAUGCCAUAUGUUCCGUUAAUUACAAUCCUAGUGCCAAUAUGUAUGUGACUGGCAGCAAGGACGGCUGCAUCAAAUUGUGGGAUGGUGUUUCAAAUCGAUGCAUCACAACUUUUGAGAAAGCACACGACGGUGCUGAAGUUUGUUCUGCCAUUUUUUCCAAAAAUUCAAAAUACAUUCUGUCAAGUGGAAAAGACUCUGUAGCUAAACUUUGGGAAAUAUCAACAGGACGAACCCUGGUCAGAUACACAGGCGCUGGCUUGAGUGGACGGCAGGUGCACCGGACGCAGGCUGUCUUCAACCACACGUAGGACUACGUGCUGCUGCCCGACGAGAGGACCAUCAGCCUCUGCUGCUGGGACUCGAGGACGGCCGAGCGCCGGAACCUGCUUUCACUGGGCCACAACAACAUCGUGCGCUGUAUCGUGCACUCACCCACCAACCCCGGCUUCAUGACCUGCAGCGACGACUUCAGGGCGCGGUUUUGGUACCGGAGGUCAACCACGGACUAG